AUGAUGCCCACAGCUAAGGGGCCACGGCAGGGUGUGAAACUUUUACCACUGCUGUUAGUGGUGUUUUUCUCUCAGGCUGAGGAGCCAGUAUGCAGGCUGAGAGGAGAUCCAGAGAACCCCCAGCUAGUAAAAGAUGGAGAUAUUAUGCUGGGAGGAAUAUUUUCUUUUCACACCAGCUGGAAGAGCAGGCAGGAUAAUUAUGCAGAUAAACCCAUGGCACUGCAAUGCACCAGUUUGAAUUUCAGAGAUUUCCAAUUUGCUCAGGCCAUGCUUUUUGCCAUUGAGGAGAUUAAUAACAGCACAGAUCUGCUGCCAGGCAUACGUCUGGGCUAUAAGAUCUACGAUGCUUGUGGUUCAAUGGCUAGAAGUGUAAAAGUUGCACUUGCCUUGAUUAAUGGCAAUAAAAUUGUGGCCUUAGAUUCAAAGGCAUGUACCAAACCCGCACAAGUGCAGGCUAUAUUAGGAGAAACCUCCUCUUCUCCAAGCACAGCGAUAUCUACAGUAAUCGGACCUUUUCAUAUCCCAGUGAUCAGCCACUUUGCCACAUGUGCUUGUCUCAGUGAUAAAACCAAGUACCCAUCCUUUCUCAGAACCAUUCCCAGUGACUACUACCAGAGCAGAGCACUCGCCCAUUUAGUCAAACACUUCGGCUGGACGUGGGUCGGAGCUGUUAGAACCAAUGAUGAUUACGGCAAUAAUGGCAUGGCUACAUUCAUUGAAACUGCAGAACACCUUGAUAUCUGUGUGGAAUAUUCUGUAUCCUUCUUCAGAACAGAUGCGGCAGACAAGAUACAAAAGAUAAUUGGCACGAUCAAGGCUUCCACUUCAAAGGUUAUAGUUGCUUUUAUGUCACACAUGGACAUGGAUGUGUUACUACAUGAGUUUUCUCACCACAACAUGACUGGAUACCAGUGGGUAGGAAGCGAGGGAUGGAUCUUUGAUUCACAAAUUGCAGCAAUAGAUGAAAAACACAUCCUGGAUGGAGCUAUAGGCCUUUCCAUCCCCAAAGCACAUGUCAACGGCCUGAGAGAUGAGUUGUUUACAGAAUUUUGGGAAGCAUUAUUUAGCUGCAAGUUCAAUAAUUCAGAGUCAACAGACAUGCAGAGAGUCUGUACUGGACAUGAGGAUGUAGCUGGUGUGCAAAACAGCUUCACUGACAUGUCACUCAUGCCCAUCUUUAACAAUGUGUAUAAAGGAGUGUAUGCAGUGGCCCACGCUCUUCAUCACAUACUCAGCUGCAAUAAAACAUGUGACAGCAGUGUGCAGCUAGAUCCAUUCAUGAUUUUACAGAAUAUACGGAAGAUUCAAUUCAAAACCAAGGAAGGAGAUGAGGUUUAUUUUAAUGAGAAUGGAGAUCCACCUGCAAAGUAUGAAAUUAUCAACUGGCAACCAGGAAAAAAACACAUUGUGGACUUUGUCAUGGUGGGUCUUUAUGAUGCAUCAUUACCUGAAGACAAUAAACUGAAUCUCCAAAAUAAGGCUCUAAUAUGGGCGCAGAACUCACUGCAGGUGCCAGUGUCUGUUUGCAGCGAGAAGUGUCCCCCAGGAACACGUAAGGUUCUCCAGAAAGGAAAACCUGUUUGCUGCUAUGAUUGCGUAAGAUGUGCAGAGGGAGAAGUGAGCAACAACACAGAUUCUAUCACCUGUGCAAGAUGCCACCCUGAAUUCUGGUCAAAUGAGAAAAGAGAUGCCUGCAUAAAGAAGGAUGAAGUGUUUCUAUCAUACAGAGAAAUAAUGGGAGCACUGCUCACUGCUGCCUCUUUAUUUGGAACAUGUAUGACUGCUGCUGUGGCAUUCAUUUUCUUCAGAUACAGGAAAACUCCGCUUGUGAGGGCCAACAACUCUGAGCUGAGCUUCCUGUUGCUCCUGUCUUUGACUCUGUGUUUCUUGUGCUCUCUGACCUUCAUCGGCCGACCCUCUGAGUGGUCCUGCUUGCUACGGCACACAGCAUUCGGCAUCACCUUUGUCCUCUGUAUCUCUUGUGUUUUGGGGAAAACAAUGGCGGUUUUGAUGGCGUUUAAGGCAACGCUGCCAAGCACAAAUGUGAUGAAGUGGUUUGGACCUGCACAGCAGAGACUCUGUGUUCUGGGUUUCACCCUUAUACAAGUUGUCAUAUGUAUCCUCUGGUUGAUAAUUUCCCCUCCUUUUCCCUUUAAGAACUUUAAAGAAUUUAAAGACAAAAUCAUUUUGGAGUGUGCUCUUGGCUCAGCUGUGGGCUUCUGGGCUGUUCUUGGGUACAUUGGACUUUUAGCAAUGUUGUGCUUUAUUUUUGCUUUUCUGGUCCGAAAACUGCCUGAUAAUUUCAAUGAAGCCAAAUUUAUAACCUUCAGCAUGCUGAUAUUCUGUGCAGUCUGGCUCACUUUCAUCCCAGCUUAUGUCAGUUCUCCUGGGAAAUUUAAUGUUGCUGUAGAAAUCUUUGCCAUUCUUGCAUCCAGCUUUGGACUGUUAAUUUGUAUCUUCAUCCCAAAAUGUUACAUUAUCUUAUUAAAACCUGAGCGCAAUACAAAAAAAAACUUGAUGGAAAAGAGGGCGCCAAAUUCUUUUUAA